UUGAAAGAAGCUCGCUACUCUCCCUCCACGAGCUCUUCCUUUCUCGCUUCCGCGAUCCGAACUAGCCCUCUCAGGAGCUCUACGAGCGUCGGGAAGAUGAGAGAGAUCCUCCACAUACAGGGCGGGCAGUGCGGGAACCAGAUCGGGGCCAAGUUCUGGGAGGUGAUCUGCGACGAGCACGGUAUUGAUGGCACCGGCAAGUACACCGGUGACACCGACCUCCAGCUCGAGAGGAUCAAUGUGUACUAUAACGAGGCCAGCGGCGGGCGCUAUGUUCCCCGUGCCGUGCUCAUGGAUCUCGAGCCUGGAACCAUGGAUUCUGUCAGAUCCGGGCCAUUUGGCCAGGUCUUCCGCCCCGACAACUUCGUGUUCGGACAGUCUGGGGCGGGGAACAAUUGGGCCAAAGGUCACUACACUGAGGGCGCCGAGCUCAUCGAUUCUGUCCUCGACGUUGUGAGAAAGGAAGCGGAGAACUGCGACUGCCUGCAAGGCUUCCAAGUUUGCCACUCCUUGGGAGGAGGAACUGGGUCUGGCAUGGGCACUCUUCUGAUCUCUAAGAUCAGGGAGGAAUAUCCUGAUAGAAUGAUGUUAACCUUCUCUGUUUUCCCAUCACCGAAGGUGUCUGAUACAGUUGUAGAACCAUACAAUGCCACUCUUUCAGUUCAUCAACUUGUUGAGAAUGCUGAUGAGUGCAUGGUCCUUGACAAUGAAGCACUGUAUGAUAUCUGUUUUCGCACUUUAAAGCUUGCAAAUCCUACAUUUGGUGACUUGAAUCACCUUAUCUCUGCUACAAUGAGUGGUGUCACGUGCUGCCUUCGUUUCCCUGGGCAGCUCAAUUCUGACCUCAGGAAACUCGCAGUAAACCUCAUCCCUUUCCCACGCCUCCAUUUCUUCAUGGUAGGGUUUGCACCCUUGACCUCAAGGGGAUCACAGCAAUAUAGGGCUCUGACAGUUCCUGAAUUGACCCAACAAAUGUGGGACGCUAAGAACAUGAUGUGUGCUGCUGAUCCGCGACAUGGCCGCUACUUGACUGCCUCAGCAAUGUUCCGUGGGAAGAUGAGCACCAAGGAAGUUGAUGAGCAAAUGCUCAAUGUUCAGAAUAAGAACUCAUCCUACUUUGUGGAGUGGAUUCCAAACAAUGUCAAAUCUAGCGUCUGUGACAUUCCACCUAAGGGGCUGAAGAUGGCUUCUACUUUUAUUGGCAACUCAACGUCCAUCCAAGAGAUGUUUAGGAGGGUUAGUGAGCAAUUCACUGCAAUGUUCAGGAGAAAGGCUUUCUUACACUGGUACACUGGUGAGGGUAUGGAUGAGAUGGAAUUUACCGAGGCUGAGAGCAACAUGAAUGAUCUGGUGGCCGAGUACCAGCAGUAUCAAGAUGCAACAGCAGAAGAGGAGUAUGAAGAAGAGGAAGAGGAAGAGGAAGCUGCUGAAUAAGUCACAUCCACCUCAGAAAUUUCCUGCCUUUUUCUAAUGAUCCUCGUGCUUGUAUUAGAGAUUUCCUUUGGUUCAAAAAACUAGUUCCAUAUUUUAUUCAUGGUUUUACUAGUAUUGAUCUAUGUUGUGACGUUAAGGCUUCAAGUCUGUACUACUUACGACAUGGUUUCCUCAUCUAUAUUUGUGAUUACUCUUGUCCUUCCUGAUUUGUCU